GCUGUGAGCAGAAGAGCCCCGCCAGGCAGCCUGCUCCAAUUGGGCACACUCUCCCUUCCAACAGCUCGUCUCUCCUGUUUGCUUCAGAUGAUGCCUUGGAUUUAGCCAACCCACACGACUGCUAUGAAUAAGACACUGGGCAAAAUACACACUUCUCGAGGACUUGGACUGAAAGCAGAGAUUUUUCAGAGAGGCAAGGGUAAUGUGAGUUUCUUCCCCAGCCCAGCAAACAUCCCACUGGAAGAUCCUUCACUCACGCCAAAUGAUCAGACGACCCGGACCAAGUUUUGCAAAGGGAACAGGAAUGUUAAAGAGGGAGAGGAGUCUUCACCUUCUCCUGUUCCAAACCUCUUUCCUGAAAUUCUGCCUCCAACCAUCUCCCAGUCCAUAUCUGAAUGUGUACUACCGUGGACAAAAAUUGGUGCAACUCAGGUGAUUAAAGUUUACGAUGAAAACAACACCAGCAAAGCUGUAGAGGUUCCCACUGAUGUCACUGCCAGGGAUGUAUGCCAGCUAUUUGUCCUGAAGAAUCACUGCAUUGAUGACCACAGCUGGACUCUUAUUGACCACCUUACCCAGCUGGGAAUAGAGAGGACCAUAGAAGAUCAUGAAGAUGUUAUGGACGUAGUGUCGGGCAGUGGGAUGGACACGGACAGUCGGCUGUAUUUUAGGAAGAAUUAUGCUAAAUAUGAAUUCUUUAAGAAACCCUUGGACUUUUUCCCAGAUCAAAUGGUUUCCAUAUCCACAGAAAUGAAUGGCUUUGUGGACCACUCCGAGCUUAUUGAGACCUUCCUCAAAUCCAGCACUUGUCCUGAGAUCCAUGGCCACCUUCAUGUCAAAGAGCAAAGCAAGAAGUCCUGGAAGAAGUUUUAUUUUGUUUUACGGAGGUCAGGGCUUUAUUUCUCCACUAAGGGGACUUCCAAGGAACCAAGGCAUCUCCAGUUUUUUGCUGACUUCACUGACAGUGACAUUUACACUGUUUUGUCAGCCAAAAAAAUGUAUGGAGCACCAACAGAGUCUGCUUUCUGUGUCAAGUAUAAUGUCUCCCUACAGGCUACAAAGUGCAGUUCAGCUCGUGAUUUGAAGCUGCUUUGUGCGGAUGAUGAGCAGACUAAGACCUGCUGGAUCACAGCCAUACGCUUGUUAAAGUUUGGGAUGCAACUUUACCAAAACUUCAUUCAGCCCCAUCAGAAGCAAAAAGCCUCACCAAUGAGAAGCAUCUCUGAGAACUCACUGGUGGCUAUGGACUUUUCUGGUCAAAAGACACGAGUGAUUGAGAACCCAUCUGAAGCUCUGUCUGUGGCUGUGGAGGAAGGCCUGUCGUGGAGGAGGAAAAGUUGCCACCGUUUAAGUGGUCAUGGGAUCCCCUCCUCCACACAGAGCUCAGUUCCAAACCUAGCAAUCCACUUGGCUCAGCCGUGGUUCCAUGGCAAGCUGUCUCGGGAAGAGGCUCAGCAUCUAAUUAUUCAACAGGGUCUUAUUGAUGGAGUGUUUCUUCUGAGGGAAAGCCAAAGCAACCCAAAGACGUUUGUUCUCUCGCUCUGCCACAUGCAGAAAAUUAAACACUUUCAAAUCUUACCAGGGGAUGAUGAAGGGGAGCUGUUCUACACUUUGGAUGAUGGUCAGACACGAUUUACUGACUUGAUCCAGUUAGUGGAGUUUUAUCAGUUAAACCGUGGGACUCUCCCCUGCAGACUGAAGCAUCACUGUACCCGGAUCACCCUGUGAAAUGGGCACUCAAGACAACCCCACAAGGCCUUUACUCUGGGUUUCAUCAGACAAACAUCCUUUUCGAUCUUGUGCCUUACAGAAGAACAACUUAAAAACAGUGGUUUUAUACAAUGUGGAAUUUACUUCAUCCUUCUUUUUCCCUUUUAGAAAAAAGCCAACUUUCAGAGUGGACUGUAUGAUACAAGACUGCUGUAGAUUUCAAACAAGAGCGUUUUUUGACUUAGUUAUAUUUCCAAAUAUGUUUGGAAAAUUGUUUUGCAAAGUCUGAACAUGACAUGUUGCUCUGCGCAUUUUGUUUCACUUCACAAUAUCAGUGAAACUACCAACUUUUUUUGUUUACACUAGCUGGUAUUUAAGAGUAUGAAAAAUUACAUGCGUGCCUUGCAAAAGUGUUGAAAUUCCUUGAUACUGUACAAGCUUCAGUGUAUUUUAUUGGGAUUUGUUUUUUUGCAAUGCACCAACAUAAAGUAGCAUGAUGUGAAGAAUAAAUAAACUGUGGUUCUGAACAUUUUUAUAAAACAAAUCUGAAAAGUGCAUUUACAUUCGUCCCUUUGUAAUUACAGCUGCAAGUGUUUUGGAAGAUGUCUCCAACAUCUAAAAACUACAAAGUCCGCCUAUUCUUUUUAGCAAAAUAGCUUAUCACAGUCAGAUUGGAUGGAUGGCAUCUGUGAGUAUUAUGAGAUUGCGAGAUACUUUGAUCUAAACCAUUCCAUUAUAGCUCUAGCAGCAGGUUUAAGGUUGUGCUGCUGGAAGGUAAAUCUCUGCCCUAUUCUCAAGUCUCCUAAAAGUUUUUAGUGUUAAUUGGUCAGUUAAUGCUACUAUUAGUUAGUGCAUUGUUAUUUUUCUGCCGAACAUAGUAUUGUCCAUGUGGACCAAAAAGAUACAUUUUGUCAAUCCUCCAUAAAGGCCAGAUUUGUGGAAUGCAUGACAAAUAUUAAUCCUGGCCUCAGAUUCUCCCUCCUGAACUAUGGAUCUCUGCAGUUCUUCUAAAGUUACUAUGGGUCUGUUAGCCACCUUUCUGAUUAAUGCACUUCUAGCCUGGCCUGUGGAUAGCCAUAUGUUGGUAGGUGUGCAGAUGUGCCAUAUCCUUUCAAUUUUUAAAUGAUGAAUUAAAAAGAUGUGAGGCGUUCAAGGUUUGGGGAUAUUGUUUUUAAAUCUAAUUAUGUUUUGAACAUUAUACCUGACCUGCCCCGUGUGUUCUUUAGUCUUCAUAAUGCUGUUCAUUAAAUUUCACACAUUUGUACUCUAAUCACUAAUUAGGUAACUUCUGAUGGGUAUUGGUUGCACUGAAUUUUAAUUUUGCGGCAUUAUGUGGCAGCUGGGUACCACAACUUUCAAAUUGUUAUGUGGAAAAAAGGGCAAGCCAUACUUUUCUUUGGCCAUGUGAAAAUCCCAAUAAAAUACAUUGAAGUUUGUUAUUGUAAAGUGAAAUAUUGUGAAAAAGUUAAGGGGAAUUAACAUUUUGGAAGGCACUGUAUACAUUUGAGAUUGUAUCUGUCAAAAACAGAGAUUGUUAAUUUCCAACAUAGAAACGUAUGCUUAAUUAUGUGCACACCUUUCAGAAACAUCUUCAGCUGUUUAACAUAAACAGGCCUAAUUAUUCUUCUAAUUGUAUCUGUCAGCAUUCAGGUAUUUUUUCAGAUGUUUUUUUCUCUAAUUUGAGAGAAACUGGCCUCUCAGGAAAGAGUACUUUGUUCCCUGCAGAAGAACAGAAAUAAAAUGAAAACGACAAUAAAUGUUUGUAUUUCUGCAACUAGUUAUAAGUUUUAUUUACAAUAUGAGCAACAAGGUAUACUUUACAAUUUGUACUUUUAAGCCAUUGUGAAGAAUAUGUGUAAAAAUGAUUUUAAUUAUACUGGAAUCAACUGUAAAAUUAAAUGGGCCCUUUUGGA